AUGGAGAACUUGGCUCAAAAUUUGGGAUUUACUGGUGCGGUUUGUAUGAGUGCAAGAGGUUUGGCUGGAGGUUCUUGUUUGUUAUGGAAUAAAAAUAUAAAUCUUCAUGUGAAUUAUGCGGUUGAUGGAUACUUUGAAGCAACAGUUUGUGAUAUGAAUACCCAAUUUCUUUGGAAGCUGGUGGCGGUUUAUGGAACGCCUUAUGUUCGAGAUAAAGAGAAUUUCUGGAAUUAUCUUGAGACUGAGGCAAACCACUUCCACUUGCCGUGGGUUAUUUUGGGUGAUCUAAAUUGUAUUGGAAGUAAGGAAGAGAAAGUUGGGGGGUCUAAGGUUACUGUGACAGAUUUACGUUGGCUGAGGAAUUUUCAAGAUAAUACGGGAUGCGUAGAUCUUCGUUUUAUCGGUAACAAAUUCACAUGGCAAAACAAGAGAUUUCAUGGUGGUUUAAUUAGGGAAAGAUUGGAUAGAGCGCUCUGUUCGGGAGACUGGAUGAAUAAUUAUGAUUACUCAGGGGUCCUUAAUCUACCUAUCACUAUUUCGGACCAUGCUCCUAUCAUUCUGGAUACUCACUUGUUUGCUACCAAAGGUUUCAUUCCCUUCCGAUUUUAUGAAGCAUGGUCCUGGGAAAGCUCGUGUAGGGGAGAAAUUGAAAGGGCUUGGUGCUGUCCAAGUACUGAAGCCACAACAGCUCUAGUUCGAAAUGUCAGUAAUACGAGAAAAGCGCUCCAAGGAUGGAAGAAAAAGAUUCAAGGAGUAACAGACACAGACAUCAAAGCAAUGGAAAAAAGGUUAGAAUGGAUCCAACAACAGCCCAUCUCGACUGACCUGAAAAGAGAAGAAGCUCUCAUUCAAGAUCAAUUGAUAAUCUCGUGGUCUAAACAAGAAAGCAUGUGGAGACAACGAUCAAGGGAAACUUGGCUAGCUUUGGGAGAUCGGAAUACAAAAUUUUUCCAUACUGCGACUAACAUCAGAAGAAGAAGGAAUAGCAUUUGGGCCAUCAAAGAUAAAGAGGGAAGAAUUUGGAAGGACAAGAUGAAUAUUGGCAAGGUCAUAAAUGCUCACUUCACAGAAUUGUACACUUCAACGAGACCGGUAUUCGAUGAUAAGUUGGAAAAUCUAGAGGUGAAGAGCAUAUCCCAUUCUGAAAAUGAGGAAUUGUCAAGAACUCCUAGUGUCGAGGAGAUUAAAAGUGCAGUAUUCAGCCUUCACCCUCUCAAAGCCCCGGGACCGGAUGGAUUUUCGGGAUGUUUUUUCAGAAAAUUCUGGGACAUUGUCGGCCCUUGUCUGUGCUCCUCGGUUCAAGAAGCCUUCGAGACGGGGGUGAUUGAUCCAAGAAUCAAUAAUACCUUUGUGUGCCUUAUUCCAAAAGUUGAAUUUGCGUUGGGUGUUGAUCAAUAUCGCCCAAUUAGCUUAUGCAACUUUUCUUAUAAGGUAAUAGCAAAGAUCCUUUCAAAUAGGAUGCGACCUCUCAUGGAGGAGUUGGUUUCCCCGUUCCAAUCGGCCUUCAUCCCAGGCAGAUGGAUUGCCGAAUCUUCAAUCCUUACCCAAGAGCUAGUUCACAAAAUCAAGGCGAAAAGAGGCAGGGGAGGUCUUAUGGCAAUAAAGCUGGAUAUGCACAAAGCAUAUGACAAGAUGGAAUGGAGUUUCAUCCAAAAAGUACUAAGUAAGAAUGGUUUUAAUGGCAAGAGUAUUAGGCUCCUUAUGGCUUGCGUGACUAGUGUCUCCUACUCUGUUCUGUUGAAUGGCUGUCCUCUAAAGAAGUUGUAUCCUCAACGAGGGUUGAGACAAGGGGAUCCGAUUUCGCCAUUCCUGUUUCUCCUUUGUCAAGACGUGCUAUCCAAAAUGAUUACUCAGGCGGAAGAGGAAGGUUACAUUCAAGGAAUCAAGAUUGCACAGUCUAGCCCCUCGAUUUCUCAUCUAAUGUUCGCAGACGAUACUAUCCUUUUCGCUAGAGCAAAUGAAACAAAUGCAAGGAACCUUCUCAAGUACCUAUCCGAUUAUGAGAGUUGGUCGGGUCAGACUUGUAGCAAACCAAAGUCUGGGAUUCUUUUCUCUAAGAAUACCAAUGCUGGCUUGAAAAAUAAUAUCCUCAACAUCCUUAAUAUUAAUCAAGUCAGUGGAGAAGAGAAACAUUUAGGAAAUCCAUUCAUUUUCAAAAGGAGAAAAGCAGAAGAUUAUAAUAGGCUCAAGGAUAGUAUGAGAUCAAAGCUGGAGGGUUGGAGGAUGAAAUCGCUAUCCUAUGCUGGAAGGUUAACUCUCAUCAAGUCAGUUGCGGCCUCCAUCCCAAUUUAUGCCAUGUCCACUCAGAAGGUUCCUAUAUCCACUUGUCGAGACUUAGAUUCUUUAAUGAGGAAGUAUUGGUGGAAAGGAAGUGUAGAAAAGGAUAGAUACAUGGCGUAUAGAGCCUGGGAUAAGAUUUGUACUCCAAAGUCUAUGGGGGGGCUGGGGUUGAGAAGGUGCGAAGACAUGAACAAGGCGCUCAUGACAAAACUGGCUUGGUGCCUUGGAAGUAAAAUGGAGAGACCGUGGGUUACAUGUAUGCUGGAAAAGUAUUGCAAGCACGACAGCUUCUGGUGUGUAAACCAGAAAUCCAAUGACUCCCCUCUUUGGAAAAGUGUUUUAGGCUCAAGGGAAGUGUUACUCCAAGGCUCCAUGGCAACUGCUGCUUCGGGAGAAUCAAUUAACUUCUGGAAGCAACCGUGGAUACCCUGGAUGGAAUACAGAGAGUUUCUUGAUCUGAUGCAGCUGCUUGGAGAAAGAAGGUACACAAUUAAAACGUUAGCAGAUGUGUCUCUGGGGAACAGGUGGAAUGAAGAAGUGAUUAUCCAGAUAUUCGGUCAUGAAUUGGGGGAACGAAUUCUUAAUAUACCGAGAAUUCCAAGCCCUUUCCCUGACCAAAUGUUCUGGAAGGAAAAUCGCAAUGGAAAAUUCUCAGUUAAGUCGGCGUAUGUUGUGGAUCAAAAAUGGCGAUUUGAACCUGGCCAACGAAUUUGGAAAUGGAUUUGGGAUGGAAGAAUACAUCCAAGGAUCUCGAUUUUCCUUUGGCGUAUCUUAAACGAAGCAAUUCCGACCAAGAACAAGUUGCCUUUUAUCCCAAUCAAAGAUUGUAGUUUAUGUGGAAAGGAAGGAGAAUCGGCUCUCCACCUAUUUCGAAGUUGUAGCUUCACUAAGGCUAUGUGGAUGGGAAGUCAGUAUCCACUGAGGAAUGAUAACAUUCCAGGGGAAUCAAUGGUAAUUUUUCUGGAAAAUUUAAUAUCAAUCUUCCCUGACUCCUGUAGGAUUGAUCUUGUCUUCUUCUUCGGUUGCUUGUGCAAUGAAAUAUGGAAUCAGAGGAAUGCUUCCUGCAUUCGUAAUGCCACAGGUAAUCCAACUCAAGCUCUAUGGAAUGUUGGCAAGGCCUUAACUGAUUUUAAAGUGUUGAUAAUGGAUUCAGCAAAGGAAUCUCUAGUCCCCACUCCUAGCCUUGAGGCUACGGUGUAUCCUGAUGCUCCCACUUGUAUGCAUCAUGAGCAAGUUGAUUAUGUUGUUUUCACCGAUGCUUCAUGGGACAAGGGAGAGACUGGUGUUGCAGCAAUCAUCAUCAACAUGACUGAGGGGAAUUGGCUCGUGAAGGCUAGGAAAACCACAGCUUCAUGUUCCUUGGAAGCAGAAUUUAAAGCCAUAGAGAUGGCUCUGCAGUGGGCUGUUGCAGAAAAGAAGAUGAAAAUCCUCAUUCUCUCGGAUUCUAAGAUUGCUGUGAAUUCUCUUUCGGCAAAUGAGGGAUGUCCUGAUUGGAAAUGUGCAAGUCUGUUUUUUUCAGUUAUUAAUCUAUCUAGGAAGCUGUUAGUUAGCAGGUUUAUUUUUAUAAGUCGUAGUUUAAAUAUUGUUGCUGAUGGUGUUGCAAAGAACGCUAGAUUGUCUAGUUUUCUUGAUGUUUUGUAUCAAGGGGAGGGAAUGCCCCCUGUUGUUCCCAUCACUUUUUCUACUUAA